AUCACUUAUGACAAAGAAGUUUGAGGGUUUAUUCUUCUCUGGCCAGAUAAAUGGAACAACGGGAUAUGAAGAAGCUGCAGCUCAGGGUAUAAUUUCUGGAAUCAAUGCAGCUAGGCAUUCUAAUGGGAAAUCAUUAAUUAUUCUUGAGAGAGAAAGCAGUUAUAUAGGAACUCUUAUUGAUGAUCUUGUUACAAAAGAUCUUAGAGAGCCCUAUCGCAUGCUAACAAGCUCCAAUGUUCUGUUAUCAGGAGGUGAAUUUGCUGCUGAAGUUACUGCAGUAUCCAACCAACCUGUAAAGGAUUCAUCUACACUUGAAGCCAUACUAAAGAAGCCACAUGUACAAUAUAAACUCCUUGAUAAGCAUGGAUGUGGAAACGAAAAUUUAUCUCGAAUUGAGAAGGAAUGUGUAGAGAUUGAUAUCAAGUAUGAAGGUUUCAUCGCACGACAACAGAGUCAAUUACAUCAGAUUGUAAACCAAGAACACAGGAAACUUCCUGAAGAUUUGGAUUACCACUCAAUGACAAAUCUAUCACUUGAAGCUCGGGAGAAACUUUCCAAGGUGCGUCCACAAACAAUAGGUCAAGCUAGCAGAAUUGGCGGUGUGAGCCCAGCAGACAUGACAGUUCUCCUCAUUUGGAUGGAGAGCAACCGACGCAUGGCUAACCACAGGAGAAAGCAAGAGCAGCUGAGAUCAGCUGCAGUCGAGGCGGAUGGUUCUUCAGAGGAGGUUGUCCAUGCCAGCACUGCAUAA